AUGGCUAUUGCUACUGGUGGUGCAGUGUUUGGAGAAGAGGGGUUGACCCUGAAUCUUGAAGAUGUUCAGCUUCAUGACUUAGGAAAAGUUGGAGAGGUCAUUGUGACCAAAGACGAUGCCAUGCUCUUAAAAGGAAAAGGUGACAAGGCUCAAAUUGAAAAACGUAUUCAAGAAAUCAUUGGGCAGUUAGAUGUCACAACUAGUGAAUAUGAAAAGGAAAAACUGAAUGAAUGGCUGGCAAAACUUUCAGAUGGAGUAGUUGUGCUGAAGGUUGGUGGGACAAGUGAUGUUGAAAUGAAUGAAAAGAAAGACAGAGUUACAGAUGCCCUUAAUGCUACAAGAGCUGCUGUUGAAGAAGGCAUUGUUUUGGGAGGGGGUUUUGCCCUCCUUGGAUGCAUUCCAGCCUUGGACUUAUUGACUCCAGCUAAUGAAGAUCAAAAAAUUGGUAUGGAAAUUAUUAAAAGAACACUCAAAAUUCCAGCGAUGACCACUGCUACGAAUGCAGGUGUUGAAGGAUCUUUGAUAGUUGAGAAAAUUAUGCAAAAUUCCUCAGAAGUUGGUUAUGAUGCUAUGGUUAGAGAUUUUAUGAAUAUGGUAGAAAAAGGAAUUAUUGACCCAACAAAGCUUGUGAGAACUGCUUUAUUGGAUGCUGCUGGUGUGGCCUCUCUGUUAACUACAGCAGAAGUUGUAGUCACAGAAGUUCCUAAAGAAGAGAAGGACCCUGGAAUGGGUGCAAUGGGUGGAAUGGGAGGUGGUAUGGGAGGUGGCAUGUUCUAACUCCUAGACUAGUGCUUUACCUUUAUUAAUGAACUGUGACAGGAAGCCCAAGGCAGUGUUCCUCACCAAUAACUUCAGAGAAGUCAGUUGGAGAAAAUGAAAAAAAGGCUGGCUGAAAAUCACUAUAACCAUCAGUUACUGGUUUCAGUUGACAAAAUAUAUAAUGGUUUACUGCUGUCAUUGUCCAUGCCUACAGAUAAUUUAUUUUGUAUUUUUGAAUAAAAAACAUUUGUACAUUCCUGA